AUGAGCGUCAUUUUUGGGGCCCAGGCCAGUGACGAAGCGCAACAGCUUAUAGAGAAGAUAGCUGUGGGCCAUGGCUACAUCGAGGCGGCAAAGCUGGAUGCGAUGCCACCUGAUGUACGACGGGUUGUAGAGGAAGCUCUGAAGAGCAAUUCUAAAUCUCAUGCCGCCGCUACAGAGCUUAUACGGAAGUUAGCUGCGGGGAACAUCAAUGUUGCGUUUGAACUGCUUCAGAAUGCGGACGACAACCAAUACACCCGCGCAAAGGCCGCAUGCGCGAAUCCUGGGGCCCAGUUCAUCGUUACUCAAGAUAUGGUAGUGAUCGGCAGCAACGAAGACGGAUUCACAGAGAGCAACAUCAAAGCCCUUUGCGAUUUCGGAAAGUCAACCAAGGCUGGCACGUCAGGCUACAUCGGACAGCCAGACGUUGGUUUCAAGUCUGUUUUCACCAUUGCGUCCAAGGUGCAAAUAGAAUCUGGCCCUUUCUCGUUCUAUAUCCAGCACGAGGACGGAGAUUCAGGCGUCGGGAUGGUUAGACCUCACUGGACCGAACUACCUGUUCUUCCGGACUAUGUGAGGGAACAUGAAGCUUAUGGUGGCCUGUUCGGGAACCGGACAAGAAUCAUCCUGUUUCUGAGGGAUCAGAAUAGGGACAACCUACGGAGUAACUUCAUCAACCAGCUCUGGGAUACACCAGAGAGUGUGCUGCUCUUCAUGAGAAACCUGCGGUCACUGAAGAUUACGGUACUGGGUAAGGACAACAAAGUUCAGCGCUCGAAAGAUGUACUCCUCGACAGAGACUUAUUCGGUUCUGGGACUCGAAUUACAACGAAAAAGAAGCUCGGUCCGAGUCAGCUCACGACAUGGAAUCGCUAUCUCGUCUACAAAUCAACGGCAACAGGUUUGCCUGCCAACCCGAACCGAAGACCUGCUCCAGAUCCUUCAGCCAAUAGUUCCAAUGCAGAAGUCGUACUGGCGUUUCCUGUUGAUGAGAAAGGCGAGCCAAUUAUCGAGAUCCAGAAAGUAUUUGCCUUCAUGCCGGUUUCUGAGACCGGGUUGAGCUUUCUUAUUCACUCUGACUUCGUUGCCAAUGCCACGAGACAAAAGCUUGUUACUGUCUCAGAAAGAAACGUUCGUAUCAGGCAGGCAGUUGAGGAUGCAGUCGUAACGGCAGUCCAAGACCUCUGUAAGAAGCCUGGCACAGAACACAAAUGGAUGCGUUUCCUUCCCCAGAUCAAUCGAAACGGUAUAGAUCCAUUCUGGCUCGGAUUCAAUAAUGCCCUACGAUUGAAAAUCUCCACCAUACCACUUUUGCGUCCAAGAAGCCAGAAGUUUGGCAAUCUCUCAAAAGCAACCUCUCUCAAGCGCCUUUCUGCAGAUCAAUUAGACCAGUAUGGAGCACCGCUUUUGCCUGAUCUAGAGCAAGAGAUGUAUCUGUCUUCGGGAUAUGAACCACAAGAUCUCGAUAUUCUCAGUCAGUAUGGAUUGACUUACAUGCCGAACUGGGCGAUUAUAUCGAGGUUGGAAGCUUUCACAAGGACUGGUGAUUGGAGGACAAGAAGCUUUGAGGAUCGAGACGAAGAUUGGCAUUCUAGACUGGCCCGUCUCAUUCUGAAGCUUUGGAAUGACACACAGAACGAUUGGAAGACUGCAAUUCGCGGCAUGCAUCUUAUUCCCCUUGUCUCGGGGGAUAUGAAACAGGCCACUAUUAACGGAAAGAAAUGCGACUUCUACGACAAUCUGAUCGAAGGCAUUCCCAUCCCCAGAGAUCUGGAUUUCCCAAUGCUUCUACCAACUGCCGCAGCGAGUCCGGAUUGUCGGAAGCUUUAUGAGGUCUUUGGCCCGAAGAGUCUUGCUGUUCAGCAAGUCCGAGAAAAGAUUUUAAGCAUGUAUAAGGAUCCUGCCGAGGUGGCUAAGCUCGACGUGGCCAAGUCAAGAAACCAUCUUAUUUUCCUCUACAGGAUUGAGCCGAAGGACUUCAUCAACAAGGACGAGCAAGAAAUCAUGGUUGUCUUUGACCAGAAGCUACGCAUCAAGCAUCCAAAACAAGAAUAUGUCUACCUCCCUGGCGACGGAGCAGUGGCCCCAGGGAAAAUUCUCAAUCCUCCAUUCCCAGAAGGACUUGAGCCACCAGAUGUAUCUCUCCUGCACCCGGCCUAUCUUGAAGAUCCACCAAGCCCAUCAGCUGGUAAUGAGAAAUCAUGGACCCAAUGGCUAUAUCACAUUAUCUACUGCGAAGAAAAGAUCCAACUGUUCUCUGUACGAGAUCCGCCUGCAGAAGCCGACAAGACUUACUCACAAGAGUAUCAAUAUCUCGCCAGAGCUUGGCCAGGGCUUACGCUUCAUAGACUCAUGCUAAACUUUCAAAAACCAGAAGUUAAGAAGCAGUGGAUUGAUGAUAAGAAGGGAUCUGCUCUUAUGCGAAGAAUGGAGUUUCUCUGCACCGAUGCUGUGAGACAUCCUUUAGAGGAGACCUUACUUCCGUUGCCGAAACUGUUAGAUAGGUGUAAGGAUUGCUUUGCAUCAGUGGAGAGCAUGCCGUUCCUCAAGCUUGAUGAGCCGAUGAAAGACGAUGACAUUCCUGCGUGGCUAGCCUUUGCAGACCAUUGUGGGAUUGGGACGGAAGAUGACACCAAGUUUACUCUGGCGAUGCUCGGCUCUAUCUCUAAGACUGUUACCGAGAUGACAAGCGAUAUUUCACAAGCUGUAACUGACUUGUAUCUCAAGCUUGAAUCUGAGGUUCCUGUUGGAUCCUCGAGUGCUCCUAUCGCGGUACAAACCCAGAUCACAAAUUUCUUUGUUGACAACAAAUGCAUCCUCUGCACACCGCUAGGAUCCUCAGACGUAAAGACAACUGCUCGCUGGGUUAACAGGCUGGCAUGCCUGUGGACUGCGCCUGAUGGCAUUAGUUUCUACAAUCCUCUUCGAUCCUUAUGGUCUCCUGUGAUGGAAAGAAUGGAGCCUGGAGAUAGCGGAAAGUUGGAAAGUUUCUUCCGUCAAACUCUUACGAUUCGAGACAUAACCCAACACGACGUAGUCAGUGAGCUCGGUCACUUAUCUCGUUCCUUGGAUCAAACAAAUGACUACUCAGUGGUGGUUAAAAAGCUGUAUAGGAUCCUUCAACAGCAGACAGAGAACCUCAACGAGAGCAACACGCUUAUCGUCAAGCGAGCCUUUCGAGAUUCCUCUCUUAUUUAUUUACCUCAUCAAGCGACCAAGAAGUGGUACAAAGUCUCAGAGUGUAUAUGGUCUAGCGAAGGUGCCAACCAGGAUGAAAUCAGCCUGGAACCUCUUUACCCAGAUCUUUCACUACUUUUCGUAUCCUUUCUCGAUGUUCCCAAGAUGAGUGCUUCUCUCAUCUAUCAGCGUCUCUUGAAUGUCGAAAACACUGUCCAACCUAUUCCAGAAAUCAAGAAACUCUUUUGGUCACUGCUCGAUAGCCUGACUGCAAACAAAGGAUCAUCAAGUGUCUUUGCGGAUAAGAUAAGGAUUUGCCGCGUCUUUCCGGUAAAGCUGCUGUCCGGAGAGGUUCAGCCCAUGUCCGUGUUGGGAGAUUUCUGUAUAAAUGACCGACCUGUAUACGCGGCCGCAUUGCAGGAUAAGGUCAACUUUCUCGACUUUUCCGUUGAGGAAGUGCAUCGUCUUGAGCCUGUUAUUGCGUGGUUGCGCUUGACUGGACGCUACCUCUCAAAGUCAGUAACAGAAAAGACGUCUGUUGACGAAUCUCAAGGCGUCGAGGAUAGCGCUCUCGCCGAGGAUAUUUCUGGUAAAGCUGCAGCAUUUGCCAUGAUCGCUGCGCACUUCAGCGAUGGCCAACCCACGAUACGCAGCUACACCCUACCAAACACGAUACGAAAGGUAAAGGUCUUCCGUCAUCCAGAGAUCCAGUCUAGCAUCACUUGGUAUCAUGAAUUCAAGACUAUUACAGCACCGCUGGCGAGGAGUGGGAUGCACUUCCAAUUGGCUCUAUUCUCCAAAUGGCAGUUCUACAUUCCGCAAGACGACGAAGACCGCGAUUUCUGCAUGGCUACUGAAUUUCCGAGGCUCCUCGCCGCUCAGCUCCUAGAUUGUCCAGUACGUGAUGUCAAUUCUGAAGUUGUGAUGAUUGUCGCCAGUGUCAUUCGCGCUAAGCUCUCCAACGUUGGACGUAUCCUUCAGCAUUAUGGGAUAUCCGAGGCUGGUGCAUUGUCAAACCAUGCACCAGAGCCCCCCCGUACACCAGAGAGGCGACGAGACAACGCGGCUCCCUCUCCUUCUCCAUCACCGGCCCACGCAGUUAUCAGAUCCCCUGUCCCUGCUGUAAGCGCUGCUCAGGUAAUCCGUGACGCCACUACUCCGUACCAGGCCUUGCUUAUUCAGGCUGUCAAUGUCGCGCGCAUCUCGACGUUUCCACACAAGAAUUCAGUCUUCGAUAUGACUGCUAUUUCACAAAGUCUUGCAGAGAGUACAGCUCGUUCCGGACUGUUUAGAUUCUAUGUCGGAGACCAGACAGAGUGGCAGCGAAUGGUAGGUGCCGCUGGGGAGUUAUACGUCUUUGAGCUACUUUCCACCAUUCCAAAUGCCCUCCCCGGAUGGUCUCGAGAUAACUGGCAAAGUACUGUCAGACACCAUGCCAGCAUACACCCUGACUACAACUCUCUUGGUAGUUGGUACGGGACAGAGCAAGGGGACCUGUUCUUUGAUGACGUGACAGGAACAUUUACCAGCUAUCUGAUCGAAAAAGGGUAUCUCGAGGAGAGUUGGAGAAAAGAGCGACCGGAGUACUACAUCGAAGUCAAAACCACAACAUCGGGUCGUCUCGAUACGCCAUUUUAUAUGAGUAAACAUCAGUACGCACGGAUGCAGUCUUUUGGUGAGAGCGUGACUACUGCUACGCAACGUCGGAAGGUGUACAUCUUAUUCCGCGUUCAUGGUUUAGAGUCAGGCCAGGUUGGUGUGAGAAUAUACAUAGAUCUGGAGGCUUUGCGUAAGACUGGAGACUUGGUAUUUGAAGCGCAGAGUUGGACAGUCACACCAAGAGCGGGAUACUAG